GUCAUUUCCCGUCUGAAGAGCGCGCGCUGCACAAUGCCCGCGGAAUGUAUUUUCGUGCUUAUGAUUUUUUGUUGAUGUCAUUAAUAAUGACAGUAAUUAAAUACAUUAAUUAGUUUUAUGCGAGAGGUUGGAUUCAUAGUAGAGUUCUCUCUGAGAGCGGGGCGACAGACAUUAAUAUUGGCGAUCAUAUCAAGAUUUGAUAAAAUCUGAAGAAAGAAAGUCAUGCACAUCUGGGAUGCCAUGAGGAUUUAGAGCCUUAUUUCUCAGGACUGCUGUAUGGACUUGUUCAUGAUGAACUGUGAGUUAUUGGCCACCUGUAGUGCACUCGGUUAUCUGGAGGGAAACACCUACCACAAAGAACCAGACUGCCUUGAAAGUGUGAAGGAUCUGAUUCGUUAUCUGAGACAUGAGGAUGACACGCGAGACAUCAGACAGCAGCUGGGAGCAGGACAGAUCCUUCAGAAUGACCUCUUACCCAUCAUCACCCAACACACACAGGACAAACCACUCUUUGAUGCCUGUAUUAGGCUGAUGGUGAACUUGACUCAGCCAGCGCUGCUUUGCUUUGAAAAAGUGCCUGAUGAUCCGGCCUUCCGACAUCACUUCCUGCAAGUGACUUCAUAUCUUCAAGCUUACAAAGAGGCAUUUGCUGAUGAGAAGGUGUUUACAGUACUAAGUGAAACACUCUACAGCCUUCUGCAGCUGGACUGGGAGCAAAGAAACGAAGAAGAUAAUUUACUAAUCGAGAGAAUUUUGCUGCUCGUCAGAAAUGUGUUGCAUGUUCCUGCUGACCCGUAUGAGGAAAAGCAUGUGGAUGAUGAUGCUAGUGUUCAUGAUAAACUGCUGUGGGCCAUUCACAUGAGUGGACUGGAUGAUUUGCUCAAGUUCCUGGCAUGUGCUCAGAGUGAACAGCAGUGGAGCUUCCACAUCCUGGAAAUCAUCUCACUCAUGUUCAGAGAUCAGACCGCUGAGCUGUUGGUCAGUGCCGGACAGAUGCGUUCAGCACUGGAGAAACAGAAAGACAUGCUGGACCUGGAGUUACUGCGACAGAAAGAGCUGGCAGAAAAACGCAGCCAUGCAAUACAGAGAGGAACCAGACAUUCACGCUUCCGUGGCUCGUAUGUCAUUCAAGGACUGAAGGCCAUUGGAGAGAAAGACGUGAUUUUUCAUCAGGGACUUCACAACUUUAAGUAUUAUUCUCAUGACGUGGGUAAGGCUGUGAGACGUGUGCCCAAACGCAAACAGAUUGCGCAGGAUUCCGAGAGUCAGCGGCGCUCCUCAUUAAACGUGCGUCUCUUUCUGCGUGAAUUCUGCAUUGACUUCCUGGAGAACUGCUACAAUCGACUCAUGUAUCUGGUGAAGGAGGGUUUGGUUCGUGAGCGGGCUCAGCAGCACGAUGAGACAUAUUAUCUGUGGGCUUUGUCCUUCUUCAUGGCUUUCAACCGUGGUCAGAACUUCAGACCAGAUCUGGUGUCUGAGACCAUGUCCAUCCGCACCUUUCAUUUCAUUGAGAAGAAUAUCACCAACUAUUAUGAAAUGAUCCUCACUGACCGCAAAGAAGCCACAUCCUGGUCUCGCAGAAUGCACUUGGCUCUGAAGGCAUAUCAGGAGCUGUUGCUGACAGUGAAUGAGAUGGACCGCUCAAAAGAUGAAAACAUCCGCCACAGCGCCAGUGUCAUCAAGAGUAAUAUCUUCUAUCUGAUGGAGUUCAGGGAGAUUUUUCUGACUCUGUUGCGUAAAUUUGACGAGCAGAUGCAACCACGCUCUUUUCUCAGAGAUCUGGUGGAGUCCACACAUCUGUUUCUCCGGAUGCUUGAGAGAUUCUGUAAGGGACGAAAUAAUCUGGUGGUUCAGAAAAAGCGUGUAAAACGAAGGAAACGCAGUCAUAAGACCCCUCAUCCAGAGACCACUCCUGAAGAUCUGGAGAACACAUGGCAGAUCGUUUCUGAAGAACUCAGAUCCACUGGAUUUCAGUUAUCGGAGAGUCUGAGGGAGGGCACUGUGCCUUUUGAUGCAGCGUCUGAUACUCCGGUGACUAAACAGAGAACUGAAGCUCUGAUCAGGAUUCAGGACUGCCUGAUGUCUCGAGCUGCACCUGAAGCUCUGAGUUUACUGCGUGCUGCACGGGCCGUUUGGCCUGAAGAAGACACAUUUGGAUCUGUGGAGGUCGAACCAGAGGAGGAUCUAGAACUACUAAAGCAGAUACUGUUCUCUAAACUACCCAGGUCAGCGCCUAUAGAUUCUAUUGUGGAAGAAGAGGAUGGAGUUGAGUUAGAAGAGGAGGAAGAGCUGGAGUCUGUUGCUCUGUCUGAGACAGAGUUCAACUUCCUCGACUUCAUCAAGAGGUUUGCCAGCCCAAACAUUGUGCGUCCUUACAUCAUCCUGCUGCGCACGUACAGUCAGAACUCAGCUCACACUAAUCACUGCAUCACACGCAUGCUGCACAGAAUAGCUGUGGAUCUGAAGAUGGAGGCAUUACUGUAUCAGCUGUCUGUAUUCUGUCUAUUUAAUAAGAUCCUGACAGAUCCCGCAGCAGCCACAUAUCAGGAGCUUGUUACUUUUGCAAAGUUUGUUCUGAAUCGGUUCUUUGUGUUCGCUUCUAAAAACAACAAAGCAUUUGUGGAGCUGUUGUUCUGGAAAAAUGUGGGUGCUGUGAGAGAGAUGACGGAGGGGUACACUAAAGAUGGUGUGGGCGCCAAGAAAAAAGCAAAAUGGACACCUGAGGAAGAGGAAGAGCUUCAGCGCUUGUAUGAAGAGCACAAGGACUCUGAAGUGCCUGAUAUUGUUGAGACAUUGAUACCGUUGCUGAGCAACAGUCGUACAAGACGUGAGGUCGUGUCUCACAUGGUGUCCAUGGGUUUGGUGAACAGUGUGAAGGAUUUAAAAAAAGAGAGAAAAGGCACUCGGAUCGUUCUCUGGACUGAGGAACAGGAACAGGAACUUCAGAUGCUCUUUGAGGAGUUCAGACAUUCUGAUGAUGUGUUGGGGAAUAUUCUGAAGCGGACCACAGCCAAACGAUCAAGAGCUCGUAUAAUACACAAGAUCCUCAGUAUGGGUCUGGUUUCUGACUGCAAGGACCUUUACAAGAAGAGACGGCGUAGCGCUCCUGGCAAGAGUGCAGGAAUGACAGAGGAUGAGUUCUUUGCUCUGACUAGAAAGUCACAGGAUGGUGACAUGGAAAGAGAUGAGGAAGAGGACAAUGAGUCUGAUGAGGAUGAUGAUGAUGACAGUGAGGAGCACGCUGGCUUAUCUAGAGAAGAACAGAAGAGCAAAGGUGGAGCUGGUGACCCAGAGAGAAACCACAACCUGAGGAUCAUGGCUCAGUCUCUACGAGAACAGGGUCUAUCUGGACCUGUUCUGUGGCUGCAGAACUCACUCAAUAGAACAGCUGAUGACCGUGAGGAGGACGGUGUUUCUCAUCCUGUGGCACUGGUUCCUCUGACAGAGGAGAACGAGGAAGCUAUGGAAAACAAGAUGUUCCAAAAACUUCUAUGCAAAGUUGGUGUCCGAGCACCAGCAGAUGAGCAGGAGUCUUUCUGGAGGAUUCCGUCUGGUCUCAGUGUGUCUCAGCUGAGGACUCUAGCAGCGUCUCUAGACCUGGUCGAGCAGACAGCAGCUGAGUGUGAUAAGGAGAACAGUGGAGCUGUAGAGAUGCUGGAGGAUGAAGAUAAUCAAGAGCUGAGAGCUCAAGCACUGAGAGCCCUGCUGCUCUCACGACACAGGAAACACACCCCUGCUAAUGCAAACCGUUCUUCAUCCUUUGAGGGCAGUUCUGAUACUGUGGAGCAAAGUGAUCAUAUUGAGGGCAAGAGCUCUAAGAAGAGAAGCAGAGUAUUGGACAGUGAUGAUGAUGAUGAUGAUCACAGAGAUAUUACAGAUGGAAACUCUUCAUCCAGGAUUAACUCUGAAAGUGGUGUCCAUUCAGACAGCAAGACUCAUGCUGCUCCAGCCAAACGCAGAUAUAAAAGAGUGCUCAGUGAUGAAGAGGAUGAAGAUAACUUGAAAUUAAAGCUAAAUUAAUUUACAACAAGAAAUUCAUUUGAAGCUAAACAAACAGGAUUUCUAAGAACUAUUGGCUUGAAGAAUUUUUCCUCAGACUCUUGGGUUAUACUUUAUAGAAGAUGAGUUUUGAUAGGUUUCCUUUUAUUUUAUUUUUUUUUUACUUUUAAAUGUGGAAAAAGACCUCAAGCUACUGUUUGGCCAUAUUAAAAGUAAAAAUUUUGAAAUUAUAAACAAAUACAGUCUUUACUUCCAAUGCAAAGUUAAUUUGGUAACUUGGUCUAGGACAUUUUGACACAAACAUUCUGUUUUUGAAAUUGUUUAAAAUAAUGACAAUUGUUUUCAUUUUCACUUAUAAAUGUUGUGUUUAUCUGAUAUGGCAAAUAAAAGUUGCAAUGCACAUGGUAAUUUUUAA